AUUGAUCCCAGCAACAUGCAGCGGCUCUGCUCACGCUCCGGGGUCACCACUUUCCCAGAUUCAAACAGUGCAUUGUGUGUCCUCCCCCCCUUCAGUGCUCCUGUGGCUCCCCUGAGAUCAAACUAUUAUCCUCAAGGCAAUAAUACCAUUCAGUGGUUUGCAUCCUUUAUUGUCUCGUUGCUCUCUCUGAUUGGCCAAGACUGUGAGAAACUCAAGGCAAAGCAAGACCCACACAUUCAUAUGCAGAUGUGGGGCUAUAUAAAGCAGGGCUGCAGACAGCACACUUCAGAUUCUCGCUACAGAGACCCCAACGGCAGAGCUCCAGCAAUGGCUCCUACAAUCCCAGCAGCAAUAACCAACUCUCAAGAACACUUGCCUCUGAAUCACAAGCUCAGAAAGCCUCUGGUGGAAAAGCUACGCAGAGAGCGCAUCAACAGCAGCAUCGAGCAGCUCAAGACUCUCCUGGGUCCAGAGUUCCUCAAACAGCAGCCAGACUCCAAGCUGGAGAAAGCUGACAUCCUGGAGAUGACAGUCUGCUUCCUGAGACGACUGCGGCAACAACAACAACAGCAGCAUCCAUCUGUGGACUCAGUAGCUGUUGAUCAAGGCUACUCCCGAUGUGUUCAAGAGGUGGUGCACUUCCUGUCCAAAGACGACCUGAAGACACAGUCCCAGAGACGUCUGCUGAACCACUUCAACAACCUGCAGUCUUCCUCUGAAAAGAACCUUAAAGACAUUUCUUCUCUGAGCUCCACAUUUCAGGCUUCCAUUAAAAAAGAGCCAUGUCCAACCAACAGCUCUCUCUGGAGGCCGUGGUAAAAACCAAGGACUUAGAAACUGGAAUACAGAUUCUCUGUUAUGUACUCAUGCUUGUGCUUCUCUUAUAUCUAAGAGCAAUUGCCUGUAUCAAGGCUUCCAUUUUGUUGCCUUUUGUAAAGGCAUGAUUAUGAUUUUUUUCUUAAACAAGAAACAUUAAAUUUACACAGAAAUGUUAGUUAUUAGCCUAAUUCUCUGAUGUAAGCAAUAGUAUUCUUAAUCUGAAUAUACAUUUAAUGUUGGCAGUGCUGACAACAGCGUACAUGUUCAUGCUUUGUUCCGUUUUAGGGACACUUUUGUUCUCAUGUUUAAACAUGUUAUUAGAUGUAUGUGUUUUCCACAUUUUCUUAUGAUUGAUUGGCCUCAUGGGUUUUGAAAUUUCUUAAUGUCCUGCUUUUCUGUUAAGCAGAUUGAAGACAACUGUGCUGCUUUUUACCUCUGUGAGUGACAGCACCCAUACCUUCAAUGAAGGAAUAGAUUUUUGAAAAAUGUCUCACAAUGAAUGUAUCUCUUCAAACCAAGUGAUGCGCAAUAAAACAAUCAGAAAAACAA